CCCGCUCCAGGUUUCGCUUGUCGGGCUUCUUCCUGUGUGCUCGCUAACCUCGCAUGUCAUCGCACGUCCAAAGGAUCGGCCACUACCGGCUGGGGAAGAACCUCGGCAUCGGGUCCUUUGGCAAAGUUCGACUGGCCGAGCACCAGCUGACCGGCAAGAAGGUUGCGGUCAAGAUCCUGAACCGGAACCGGAUCCGGCAGUUGGACAUGGACGAGAAGGUGCGCCGCGAGAUCAAGAUCCUCAAGCUCUUCUACCACCCCCACAUCAUCCGCCUCUACGAGAUCAUCUACACUCCGACAGACAUCUACAUGGUGAUGGAGUACGUGCCCGGCGGAGAGCUCUUCGACUUCAUCGUCUCCAACGGCCGCCUCUCCGAGCCGCGCGCGAGGGCCAUGUUCCAGCAGCUCAUCUCGGGAGUCGAGUACUGCCACCAGCAUGCCGUCGUGAUGAAGGACGGCGACUUCUUCAAGACGUCGUGCGGCUCUCCGAACUACGCCGCGCCGGAGGUCAUCUCGGGCAAGCUCUACGCGGGGCCGGAGGUCGACGUCUGGUCGUGCGGCGACCUCAUCUCCCGGAUGCUUGUCGUCGACCCGCUGCAGCGCAUCACCAUCCCCGAGAUCCGGCGGCACCGCUGGUUCACCGACGAGCUCCCCCUCUACCUCUCCGUCACGCCCGACCAGAUCAUGUCGCAGAUCCGGUCUAUCGACCAGGACGUGCUGAUGGAGGUGGCGGUUCAGCGGCGUUGGCACUUGGGCGUGCAGAGCUCGAUGUCGCCGGCCGACAUGAUGCUCGAGAUCUUCCGCGCGCUGCGCGUGCUGCAGUUCGAGUGGAAGAUCGUGGCGCAGUACUCGCUCAAGUGCCGCCCGUGCACCGCGCGCACCGCGAGCGAGGGGAUGGGGCAGGAGCCGAUGACGCGCUUCAAGGUCAAGGUCGGCCUGCAGCUGUACAAGAUCCAGGAGGACUCGUACCUAUUGGACAUCCGGAAGGUGGACGGAGACGUGCUGCCCUUCAUGGAUGUGUGUUCGCUAUUGUUAAGCGAACUGAAGCUGUAGCGGGGAGGCCGUCUCGGGUGGGGCUGCCUCUCUCACCGUGUCUCUCACCGACUCUGUGUCUGGGCUUGGGAACUAGCGAAUCGUAGCAUGUGUAAUCUUUUC